UUUCUCGUUGCUUUGCUUGUCCAUUCGCCCGUGUGCUGGGUUUACGCCAGGCUGCUGAAUGUCGCUGUUCUUGUUCUUGUCCUUGUCCGCUUUCACGUGACUUUUGCCCUCUUCGUGACGCUCGUUCAGCCCGUUCGUAAGUUCUCUGUCCCUCCCCAGAGCCCCGUCUUUAGCUUCCUGCCCGCCUCGCCCGAGCGUGACGCGGGGCCCGAUCAGCCCGGCGCCGCCUGGCAGUCUAAGCUCGCCGCCCAACACCACCACCACCACCACCAGCGUCACCACCGACUGCCCGAUCCCAAGACACAAACUCUCCCCGCCAAGGCCAGCCUCAACGAGAAACCUCUACAACCCAUCAGAUCCAAUCCCCUGCCCAUUAACCUUGUUGCCUCCCCUUGCCCCAGCCCCCACAGCCACCACCACCCCAUGGCAUCCCCCACCCACCACCACCACUCCAUCCCCUCUCCUCCCUUCCUCCCGCCCGGCCCCGCGCGCUUUUUCCCAGGUACUAAAUCCGGCACCAAAUCUGUCCCUGCCCCACAGGUCACCCCUCACCCCUCCCCCAAAGGCAGCCCCCUCCCCACCCCGCUGGGAACCCCUGUUCACACACCAAAGGACAGCCCCUGCAGCACGCCCAACGUUACCCCCCCCUCCAGCCCCGGCGUGGGGGGAGUGCCCUGGCGGACACGGCUCAACUCCAUCAAGAACAGUUUCCUUGGGUCACCGCGCUUCCACCGGAGAAAACUGCAGGUACCCCCAGAGGAAAUGUCCAGCCUAACGCCGGAGACAUCCCCAGAACUCGCCAAGAAGUCGUGGUUCGGCAACUUUAUCAACCUGGACAAGGAGGAGCAGAUAUUCAUCGUCAUCAGGGAUAAGCCUCUCAGCUCCAUCAAAGCGGACAUUGUCCACGCCUUCCUCUCGAUCCCCAGUUUGAGCCACAGUGUUAUAUCGCAGACCAGCUUCCGUGCAGAGUAUAAGAUGGUGGGGGGCCCGACUGUCUUCCAGAAACCAGUCAGGUUCCAGGUGGACAUCACCUAUGCGGAGGGAGCCGAGGCACACAGAGAAAACAGCAUCUACUCAGUCACCUUCACACUAAUGUCAGGGCCCAGUCGCAGGUUUAAACGAGUGGUGCAGACAAUUCAAGCACAGUUGCUAAGUGCACACGAUCAGCCACUCGCCCAGACACUCGCAGAUGAGAAGAACGGGCAGUACAGUCACCCGGCAGGGACGUCGAUCCGAGGGGCGCAGAGCAUGCCCCGGGCAUGGAACGACUCCGAGUCGGUGGAGCACUUCAGGCGAGGAGAUUCCAAGCACUCGUCCUCCUUGAAGGAGAAGCCCAAACUCCUAUCCUCCAACGGCACCCAAAGUCAACCAUAAACUGACCCAGCAAAUAGCAAAACUUGACAAACUCUGUCCUGAAAACAGAAAAAAAGAAAUGGAGACAUCUCACGUUGUCUUUGCGAGGAUGUAAAUAUCUUUAAACAAGAAAUGAAAUGGAGCUGGAUAC